CAAAUGUCUAUUUCAUCUAUCUGUCAAUGUUUAAUUAUUGCCACACUGGUGAUGCAUAUAUAACAAAAGCGACCUAUAUAGAUUAAAGUCCUUUUAUAACAGGUUCAUAUACACCCAGUAACCACCAAUACACAUACACGUACAUAUAUAUAUUAUUGCCGUUUGAGAGUCAAACUCAUACACGACUCACUGAAGGUUGAUACAAAAUAUCAGCAUAUAAUAACUAAAUAUAUGGUCGAAAACUACUUAUAGAGUUUGGUAGGUCGUAUUUUCAACAUUUUAAACUCAAUUUUUAUGUUGACAAUAACAAAAAAAGAAAAUCAUAUCAUAUAUCUCAACAUAUAGAGUCUAACUUUUUUCGCCAAACCAAAAGAAAGAAGAAACCAAGAAACAAGAAAAAUGGGUGUUCUUGAUCACGUCUCUGAAUAUUUCGAUUGUUCUCAUGGAAGCUCCAAGAGACACAAAAGUCUACAGACGGUGGAUGUGAGGGUUUUGAUAGAUUGUGAAGGAUGCGAGAGGAAAGUAAGGAGAGCUUUAGAAGGAAUGAGAGGAAUAAGAGAUGUAACCAUCGAGCCAAAUGCUCAGAAAGUGACAGUGGUUGGGUACGUUGAACCAAACAAAGUGGUGGCUCGUAUCAUUCACCGAACCGGUAAAAGAGCAGAGCUAUAUCCUUUCGUUCCUUACGACGUUGUGGCUCAUCCUUACGCGUCUGGUGUUUACGAUAACAGAGCCCCGACUGGGUACGUUAGGAACACCGAGUAUGAUCCACAUGUGUCACGUCUCGCACGUGCUAGCUCCACUGAGGUUCGUUAUACUACGGCGUUUAGCGACGAGAACGCCUCCGCUUGUGUUGUUAUGUGAUGUUUUUUUUUUUUGGUUUAAUUUUUUUUUACUGGGAUUAUUUUUUGUGUUUGGAUGUUGAUGUUUGUUUAUGUUUCCAUCACGAAUGUAUUUAAGAUAAGAACGAGUGAAAAAAAUGUAAAUUGCAUGGUGAUGAAUUGGUGGUUAAAACAAAGUUGUCAAAAAAAUAUGAUAAUUAAUAAUCCGGUGACCAAAUAAUGCGAGCAAGGGAUUUAAUAUUCGACAUAAUAGUGUACAACAAAAUCAGAAUUAAUUAUUACUU